CUGCAACAGUCGAAAGAACAGUCUACCUACGCUGAUGCUGCUUCGAGCGAUAACUUGUACAGAGACGUGCUCACAUUGGUCAACUCAGAAUUUACACUGAACAUCGCUGACAGUGUUGACAUUGAGACUAAGGACCUUGUGGAACACGCCCAGAGACUGCUGCAGUCUGUAGAUGCAACACUGCUGGAGAGUGAGAAUGUGACAAGCCGAGUGGGGCUGACUGUGGACAGAGAACCUGACAGGCUAUCUGUAGCUUCCAACAACUCAGGCCGAUCUCUUGACGUCUGUCGCCUCGCACCCAACAUCAGUUCUAAGGUUAGGAAACAUUUCUUGGUAAAAGUACUGAUACUGAUGGUAUAACAUUGCUGGAGAGUG